GCACUCAACUCCUUUGUCACGUUCUCUUCUCUCUUCCCAAACCAAGCUUCACGUGCCAUCCAUCCAUGAAAAUCCCAAUGCUUGCUUCCAUUCAUCUCCAGAAAACAAUUCCAAGUAACCACCUCAAUUCAACACUCCAUUUCCAACUUCCAACAAUCACAAUCCUCCAUUGAGAUGCUUCACCACCCAUUACUCUGCGGUUCCAGACCCGCCACUCACUCCACACUCUUCGCUUCGCUUUUCUCCGACGGCAACAACGCCGGUCGCAGUUCACUUGCCGGAAACUCGUUUUGCCGUGAAAUCAGGUUGAAGUUCAUGAAGCAAGCUUCGGGAAGCAAAUCGAAUCAUAAUGGUCGCGGAGUUUAUAGUGAGACAACGGACCGCGCCAAGCUUAGGACAACUAAUGUUUAUAGUGGUCGUGCUCAGGAAGGGGUGCUUGAGGAAGAUGUCUCCAAAGUGAUAGAGAACAGACCAACAUGGGAAAUUUCCCCAGGACAGGCAGUUCCAUUGGGUGUAUCACAAGUUGACAAUGGAAUCAAUUUUGCUAUUUUUUCACAGCAUGCAACUACAGUCACACUUUGUUUAGUCCUUCCUGAGAAUGGAAGCAUUGGUACUCUAGACGGUGGCAUGAUAGAACUGCCUUUGGAUCCUUCCUUGAACAAAACAGGGGACGUUUGGCACAUUUGUAUUGAGGAUCUUCCAUGUAGCAAGGUUCUAUAUGGAUAUCGUAUCGAUGGAGCUCACGACUGGAGUAAAGGGCAUCGGUUUGACAGCAGCAUUGUGCUUGUUGAUCCUUAUGCAAAAUUAAUCGAAGGUCGAAGGAAUUUUGGGGAUAUUAGCAUGAGGUUGUCCAAGUUUCUCGGCACAUAUGAUUUUGACAGUUUACCUUUUGAAUGGGGGGAGAAUUACAAGGUUCCAAAUAUUCCGGAGAAAGAUCUUGUUAUAUAUGAGAUGAAUGUCCGCGCAUUUACAAGUGGUGAAUCUAGUGGGUUGGAUAACAGCAUUCGUGGCAGCUAUCUUGGUGUGAUUGAGAAGAUCCCACACUUGCUAGAGCUUGGUAUCAAUGCAGUGGAGUUGCUGCCUGUCUUUGAGUUUGAUGAGUUUGAAUUCCAGAGGCGUCCAAACCCCAGAGACCACAUGAUUAAUACAUGGGGUUAUUCAACAAUAAAUUUCUUUGCUCCAAUGAGUCGCUAUGCUAGUGCUGGUGGAGGAUCAGUUAAUGCUUCCAAAGAGUUCAAGCAAAUGGUUAAAGCCUUACAUUCUGCUGGCAUAGAGGUUAUUUUGGAUGUUGUCUACAAUCAUACUAAUGAGGCUGAUGAUGCCAACCCUUACACUACUUCGUUCCGUGGCAUAGAUAAUAAGGUUUAUUACAUGGUAGACGAUAACGGGCAGUUGAUGAACUUCUCUGGCUGUGGAAAUACAUUGAAUUGUAACCAUCCUGUGGUCAUGGAGCUAAUUCUCGACAGCCUAAGACACUGGGUCAUUGAAUAUCAUGUGGAUGGAUUUCGAUUUGAUCUUGCAAGUGUCCUAUGUCGAGGAGUAGAUGGCUCCCCCCUUAAUGCUCCCCCACUUAUUAGGGCAAUUGCUAAAGAUGCAGUUUUGUCAAGGUGUAAAAUUAUUGCAGAGCCUUGGGACUGUGGAGGUCUCUAUCUUGUUGGAAGUUUUCCCAAUUGGGAUCGGUGGGCUGAAUGGAAUGGGAAAUAUCGCGAUGAUGUGCGGAAAUUUAUCAAGGGCGAUUCUGGUAUGAAGGGGGGCUUUGCGACUCGUGUUUCUGGGUCUUCUGAUCUUUACAGAGUGAACAAGCGUAGACCAUAUCAUGGUAUUAACUUUGUUAUUGCACAUGAUGGGUUCAGCUUGCGUGAUCUUGUUUCAUACAAUUUCAAGCACAAUGAGGCCAAUGGGGAAGGUGGACAAGAUGGAAGCAAUGAUAAUUUUAGCUGGAAUUGUGGUUUUGAAGGAGAAACUGAUGAUGCUAGUAUAAGAGCUUUGCGGUCAAGACAAAUGAAAAACUUCCAUUUGGCAUUAAUGAUAUCUCAGGGCACACCGAUGAUGUUAAUGGGGGAUGAAUACGGCCAUACUCGCUAUGGAAAUAACAAUAGUUACGGGCAUGAUACUUCCCUUAAUAAUUUCCUGUGGGAUCAGUUGGAUACACGUAGGAGUGAUCACUUCAGGUUUUUCUCUAAGGUGAUAAAGUACCGGCUUGCACAUCAAAUAUUGAAGCAUGAAAAUUUUCUCAGCAAGAAUGACAUAACAUGGCAUGAAGAUAACUGGGACAAUCCUGACAGCAAGUUUCUAGCAUUUACGCUUCAUGACAGAAGUGGAGGAGAUAUCUAUUUGGCAUUUAACGCUCAUGACUACUUUGUGAAAGCUCCGCUGCCCACACCUCCAACAAAAAGGUGGCAUCGUGUGGUGGACACUAAUCUCAAAUCUCCAGAUGACUUUGUCCUUGAUGGUGUCCCUAUCGAAGGAAACAUGUAUAGUAUAGCUCCAUACUCCUCCAUUCUUCUUGAGGCGAAGUUUUGAUUGCAGAAGCUGCUGUAUACAUACCAUUAAAAAAAAAAAGGAAAAGCUGCCUGUAAUCCAAGUAUCUCAGAUGUAAUGUGAUACCUUACUUGAUUAUCUAUAGUUCACUUUAGAAGAGCCAAAUCCGGCUUGCAGUUAUAGCUUAGUAUUAGAUAACAGAUAUCAUCAUACACAUAUCUAUAAAACUGUAGAGAACUUCGUCUCCACGGAAUUGUAUACAGUUCAGCUAUGGAUGAGGGGGAAAUGAGAGAGUGAGAGAGUAAAAUUAGAAAACAUAUAAUUUCCCGAAUAGAGCAGGGCAUAGAGUCGCAUUACAAGCUACUCGGGGCUGGUAAGGUUUGGAAAAUCGAUAGCUACUUUGUUUAUAAGUAUGAUUGUUUUUUGGUUUAAGGCAUGUUACUGUUUACCUAUUAUAUUAUUAUCAUCGUAAAUUUGUUUUGAAUGGAAUAAAUGCCAUUGAUGACUUGUAUUUUAA